AUGGAAGUGAUUGAGGAGCUCGCAUCUAAUGACGAAGGAUGGAGCAACGAAAGGAGUAAGGUGCAUAGAGUGGCUUCUACUACAGAUCAUAAUCCUAUGAGUGCCCUAUCAGACAAGUUGGAUGCGUUGACCAUGAAAUUUGAUUGCAUGAUAAUGGGGAAACCUUCUCAAGAGCCCCAAGGAAGUAUGGAGGACGUGAACUAUGUGAAUCAAGGGGGCAACAACAGGUACUACAAUAAUCCACGCCCCAACUUUCAUGGUGGAGGAUAUAAUCAGUACGGGAACACGGGGCAUCCCAAUCUCUCUUAUGAGAACCCCAAUAAUGCUCUGCAACCACCCACAGGGUUCACAGUUACUGAUGGAGUGGUUAAUGAUCCGAAGAAGAUGACCACAGAAGACAUACUCAAGUCUUUCAUGCUACAGUCCAACAAGCUCAUGGAGCAGAACAAUCAAAUGAUGGAGAAAGUUGAGAAAGAUGUGCAAAGUAUAGUCACCCAUCUGAAGUUCGUAGACACACAGCUGAGCCAGAUUGCUCAGGCUGUGAGUAUGAACCACAAGCCUGGGCAGUUCCCAGGCCAGCCAAAUGAGAAUUCGAAAGGAUGUAUGGCCAUCCAUCUGAGGAAUGGCAAGAUGUAUGAAGGCCCAUCUCUGUCUGAGACCACGAAGGACGCUAUUCUUGAGCCUAAGGCUGUCGUGGCAGAGAAACUGAAGGGCAAGAUAACUGAACAAGGAGACAUUGGAGGCACUUCUGGAGUGAAGGUGCCCUUACCUGAAGCACUGAAGCAGAAGACAAAGAAGGAUGAGCAGUUUGCUCGAUUCCUAGAUAUAUUCAUGAAGGUGCACAUGAACAUCCCACUGAUUGAGGCACUACAGCAGAUGCCGAAGUAUGAGAAGUUUCUGAAGGAGGUGAUAGCCCAGAAGACUAGUUGGGGGCAGGUAGACACUAUUAAUCUAACUGAAAAUUGCAGUGCUCUGCUGCAAAGGAAACUGCCGGCCAAGCUGAAGGAUCCUGGAAGUUUCACUGUCGACUGCCUCAUUGGGGGCUAUAAGGUGGAGAAUGCUCUCUGCGAUCUAGGUGCGAGCAUUAAUCUAAUGCCACUAUCGGUGUUCAAGCAAAUGAACAUUGGUACUUUGAAGCCCACCUCAGCCACACUACAGAUGGCAGACAGAUCUGUGGUGUAUCCAAAUGGCAUCGUGGAAGACCUACUGAUUAAGGUCGGGGAAUUUAUUUUUCCAUCGACUUUAUGGUCUUGGACAUGGAAGAAGACAAGGGAGUCCCCCUGCUGCUAG